UACUGGUUAGAAAUAGAUGAAAAAUUCGUUAUAUUAUAUACAAAACUAAACUAAAAUUCCGAAUUAGGGACAUACGGAAUGUUCAUAAUUCUACAAGUUUAAACUAUGAAUACGACGCCUUUCUAUCUUAUGCUGGUAUGGAGAGAACUUUUGUACGGAGAGAUGUCAUACCUCGGCUUGAAACCAAUGCUGGAUUACGACUUCUUGUAAGAGAUAGAGAUUAUCUCCCAGGAUUAUCAAAAGUGGAUUCUAUAAUGACUGGAAUUGAUGAAAGUGAAAAGGUUCUAUGUAUUGAUUCCAAAAGAUAUUUAAAGUCAAAGUGGCGUGACUACGAGCUCAACAUGGCUAAAGUGGAGGAAAUCAAGGAUCGUGGAAACACAAAUUUUGUUAUUCUGAUCUUGUUACCGGAAGUUUACAGCAGUGGCUAUCCGAGUAAAGUUAUGGACCUUGUGAAAAAAGAUUGUUUUAUUGAAUAUCCCGAAGAAUCCUGCGCUUAUGACGACUUUUGGGAGAAACUGAUCAAAUAUGUUAAGGAAUGAUUAAUUGAAAGAUAUGUAUAUGGAAUAUAUUAUCUCAAAACACAUUCAUUUAUGUUAAAACAGAUCUAAAUAUUCGGAAAUGUGUACAGAAAUGAUGUCCAUC